CUUGCAUUCCAAACAGCAUUCUACAAAGCAACCGUACAACCAACAGAUCAGAUCGAAGCUCUACAGUCCAGCCUCUCCAGUCAUGAAUGUCAUGGACAAUUACAAACUCACUGGAGGAGCAGGUUCUACAAAUAUCCCCAUCCUCAACGAUGGGAGAGCCCGGCACAUCACUCAGUCCAGUUGAUUUCCAGACAAAAAGCUGCAAUGAGCCAACAGGUCUCCCCCGAGCACCACGAGAGCUCUUUCCAAGGGGCAGCUUUGCCCCAUUUUGUGAAGAGUGUCUCCUCGCUCCUGCUCAUGCUCCGGAUCAGUGUCCGGGCUGGACUCCGGGAGCUGGAGGAUAAGGACGUGGCCAGGUUUAAGGAGGAGUUGGAGAUUGCUGAGAGAGAGGCGGAGCAAGCAGCGACAGCAGCUGAGGGUCUGGGCGAUGUGAUUGAUGGUGACUGUGAGAAACUGACCGUGGAGUAUGGCCAGGUGAGCGGAGAGAGGAAGAGGCUAGCCGCUAGCCUGCAGGAGAGCCAGAGCAAGCUGCGCUCCCUGGAGAUGGACAGGGAGCUGAUCCAGGGCCGCCUGCAAACUGCCAAGACCUCCCUGAGACAGGCCGAGGACACACUGAGGUCAGCAAGAGCCAAGGCUGGAGAGAAACAAACUGGCCGAGAUGUUGGCAUUGGACUGAGCUUCCUGCUGCCCUGUGUGGGUAUCCCUAUGGCUGUGGCCUUUGAGAAGGAACGGCAGUUGCGCAAGUCAGAGGUGGACAUAGCCUCUGACGAUCGGUCAUCUCUGAAAUCGAGCAUCAGCCAGGAUGAGGAGCAGCUGAAGCAGAUCAACAGCCAAGUGCCUGAGCUCUACAGCGACAUCAACGGAGUGACAGAGCAAUUGGAGGAGAGCAAGGCAGCUGAGCUGACCCUGAAGGAGAGCCGGGUGGAACUUGCCAAGCUCCAGGCCAGGAUGAGGACCUGCUGCCAGUAUCUGUCCACCUUCCAGGGGAAAGUCAAUGCUCUGAAGACGCAGAGUCAGCACAUGUACAACAUGAGGCCAUUACUGCCAUUCCUGGAGGAAGCUGCUGUCCAAGCUCAGCAAGUGCCAGACAACGAGCAACUCUUCAACAACAUCCAGGUUCACAAGGUGGUUGGGGAUCUGAAAACAUUGAUCCCCAAAGUAAAGGAUCUCCUGCUGUCCCAGGACAGCACUGACGACUACAUGAAGUAGCAAGUCCAUUCCAGACAUUCGGCUCGAGCUCCAUGUUAAUCUGCAGUCUCACUUUCACUUUCCAAUCCAUUUGCAGGCCACAAAAACCAUGGGGGCUGGGGGUUUAAAGGGGAUGUUUAUAAAGUCACAGCCAAGUCGCUUAGUUAGUUGGGCAAAUCCUGCUGAUGGGUCUGUUUAAUAGUCGCAUUGUUGAAUGACUAAUUCUUCAUCAUUGAGGCAUUGGGAGACCUCAAACAUUCCAAACAUCCUUCACUGUUUCAUACUGUAUAUUCCCAUCCUUCCAUCUCCACUCAUUGACUCCUAUUCCCGUUGUGUCCAGCUGUUAGAUUUGGAAUUGACCUUAGUUAAAAGCAGCUCUCUGUCUCUCCUGGGCACAUCCUCAUGACUCAGUGUGUGCUGUCUGUAAAGGCAGCUGUCCUCCUGUCAAUCAGGGCCAAUCCCAGGUUACUGAUUAUUUAUUACAAUGUUUAAAACAAUGUUAUUGUGAUUAAUUGUUCCUGCAGUCUCCAUUCAUUCCCUGCAGAACAGUGCUGGGUUAUUUGUCUGUGUUCAUUUUGGAUGCUUGUUUAUAGAGAGGGAGAUGUUGGGGGGGGGGGGGGUCUUGCUGGAUUGUGUGUGUUUGAGAAAACAUGGAGUUAAUGUAUUUGUUUGGUGAAGCAAAAAUAAACAUCAAGAGAUGAUAAACAUUGCUGUGAGUUGUUUCUAGGCCAUCAAACUGCAGUAGUGAUGUUGGACAUGGUACAAAUCAGACUUGUAUAACCCAGCUAAGACA